GGCAAGAUUGACGACAGUGUCUUGGCCAAAGAAUCUUCAUUCUUGCCUCAAGCAUGAAAAUAAACUGGUUUGGCCUGCGAAGAUGAUAAAACUACGCAACAGAGCUCUUUCACAAGUCGUUCACCGGUAGGCUGAGGAUGUGGCUGUAGAAAAUUAACUGACGACGAGGAUAAUAGACUAGGCUACGUGAGUUGAAGAAACUUAAACGAAAAUAAACUUUACGUCGAGCUGAGAGGUGAUUACUAUUUACACUUUUGAGGGAAACUAAAACAAACAUUAUCACUAUGGCCCACCGCUCUCAAUGCUCAUCAGCUGGAGAUAACCCUCUGGACCCUCAUUAUCUGCCUCCCCACUAUCGAGAGGAGUAUCGCCUGGCUAUUGAUGCACUUGUAGAGAAGGACUUGGAGGGCUAUUAUGGUUUUCUCAAGAGUGCAAAUGUGGUUGACUUCCUCUCUAGACAGGAGGUUGAGUACAUUAAGCACACAACACAGAUGCCAUAUCAGAGCACACAGCCUGAGCUGUGUGCACCUGAGCUGUACCUGGGCCCUGGGGGUGAGGGAUCUUCAGACACAUACUGGCCCAUGCACUCUGACUUGGAUGCACCUGGCCUUGACCUCGGCUGGCCCCAACAACAUCGCUUCAUCGGCCCCACAGAAGUCACCACACUGGUGAACCCAUCUGAGCCUGAUAUGCCCAGUAUCAAAGAACAUGCUCGUCGACUUAUUAAGAAUGCUCAACAACUGGUAGCCGUGGUAAUGGACAUGUUUACAGAUGUUGACAUAUUUGCUGAUAUUCUGGACGCUGCUGGGCGAAAUGUUGCAGUCUAUAUCCUUCUGGAUGAACAUAAUGUGCACCAUUUUACUAACAUGGUUUCCAAUUGCCGGGUAAAUUUGGAGAAUAUUCCGUUUAUGCGAGUGAGAACAGUGUCUGGCUUGACCUAUUACUGUCGAACUGGGAAAUCCUUCAAGGGUCAGAUGAUGAAUAGAUUCUUGCUGACAGACUGUAGAGCAGUGCUGAGUGGAAACUACAGCUUUAUGUGGUCAUUUGAAAAGAUUCACCGCUGCAUAGCUCAUCUUUUCCUUGGACAGCUGGUGACUACUUUUGAUGAAGAAUUUCGUAUUCUCUUUGCCCAGUCCCAACCUUUGAUAUUUGAAAAUGUACUAGCUCCAAUGCCAGACUUCAGCAGCCUGUCUGACAGGCUAAGCAGCACUGAUCAGACACCAUUAUUCAGAGAUCCUAGAAAAGUCCUGCCCAUAGGAAGCACUGGAUCUAUGGAAUGGGCCAGACAUUCCUUUGAUGAGCGAAUGUACGUAGAUCAGAAACAGAUGGCUCUCAGGAAGCACAAGUUUAGUGUCCACAGGUCACUAGACCAAGGACAGUUGGAAAUGUACAACUCUUCCCAGCAUUUGAGAAUGGAUCCAUCUCUUAUUGAGCAAGGUUACCCUAUGGUCCCCUCUCCCAACACAAUGGACUCAAAUGAAUUUAAAAGGCACAGUUUUGCUGAGGGCGCUCAUGGCAUAGCCUCAUCAUAUAGAUUCAUGCAGCACCAGACCAUGCAGGGCUUUGAGACCCAGGGGAGGCAGAUGCACAGAGAACAACAAAGGGAACACCCUCUUUACCAGAGAGCAGAACCAGAACCAGGUUAUGCUGGCUAUGAUAAGUUCAGGGGUUAUGGGUAUCCUUCGAUGGAUCAGUAUACACAAGCUGAAUACCCACCAGAAAUGGAGCCUGAGCCCUAUGACCCUGUACUCAAUUAUUUGUCAUCCACCAGUUCUGUAGCGAUGAAAGACAACUCUGUCAAAGCAACUUCAGGAGAGAUUUCACUUGGUCUACCACAUCCAAAAAGAAUAAGUAUCGGACAGCCAUAUGCCUGUCAGCGCUCCCCAACACAGAAAAUUCCUUCUGGCCAAAAUGAGUUCUACCAGGGGCCCAACACAGAUCACGAAACACCAGACCUUAAUGCCAAACAGGGUAUGCGAGAUUGGAGGAUCAGCGCAUAUCUCAGUGCUUUUGAUGAUACAGAUGAAGAUGUGUCAAUGCAACCAACCAUUGGGAUUGAUCCUUUUGAAGAGCCUCUUAAACAUGUACAAGUCGGGUCCUCCGGUAAAGUGCUGUCAGACGCCAUGUUUCGUACUAAAGAAAUACCUAAGUUUCAAACAGCACCUAGAGUAAGUAAGCUCCCAUAUUACACCAAAACGGUCCUACCAGAGUUUAAGAAAGUGCCUGAUAUUGUUGUCACCAUGUCAUCAGAGGCUGAUACAACACCAUCAGAGUCAUCAUCAACUACAGAAGGGGACAAGACAGAGGAGGCGGAGGUUAAGGAACCCAAAGAGAUCUGUGUAAAAAGGGAAGAGUCUUUCCGCAAGAGUUACAAUGCAGCAAUCCAGAGGAGUUCUAGGCUGAGAUCCUCACUAAUAUUUAGUUCUCAACUCGAGCAGCAUUUCUCCCAAGACACGCAAACUACCUCUGGACAGCAUGAUGAGGAAACAAGCAAGAAUGACAAUGACCAAUCCAAAUUACCCUUUGCCUCUCCGAUGCUUGUAAAACGGAGAUCCUUUACCCGGGAACCUUUUGAAUGGAGCCAUUACGUAAAGUCACUAGGUACUGACAGCACGAUCACUGAGUCUUCCAAAUCUGACGACUUAGUCCAUGAUACAGAUGUAACAAAAUCACCUAAAGUUCUUCCUGAUGACAAAGAGAUAAAGAAACAACCAAAACCUACUGACGCAGAGCAAACUGUUUUACCGUCAGUACACCCACCCCGCUCUCAAGAUGAGCAACUGAAAACAAUGGAAAUAGAAGUGAAAACCGAACAACUAACACACUCAACCAAGCCAUUUUCAAGCAGUAUGACCUAUGUAGACAUGAGUGAUCCAGAUAGUAGACUUAUGUUUUUCAAAGAGUUAGCUGCCAAGCGAAAAGCUGAAAAGAAUGCACCAGUGGUGAACAUCGCUGAAAAAGCUUGCAUAAAGUCUGAUCACUCAGUAACCCCAAGUGACCAAAGAACCGAAACCGCAUCCCAAAAGGUAGAGCCUGGACUCUCUGAAGUUCCCCAAAAAACAGUAGAAGCUGCCAUCAAUAUAUCAGUCAAGCCAGCAGAAAUAGAUAGAACACCUGAGACAACACCAUUUUCUCAGGAGAUAAAGAGCGAGAUGUCAACAGCAACAUGUGGACAAUCACAUCUUAAUCCCAAAGAGGCCUUUAAACUUAAGGAGCAGGAUCCAAAUAUUCCCCAAAAUGUCUCUCAACCCCUUAACAAAGAGGGUGUCUCUAGUAAUGAGGGAGUACUUCCAGGUUCUACUGAUGCUGAGAAGAUUGAAUUGAAGAGAAAUCAGAUUGUAAUAGAAAUAAAGGAAAAUGAUCCUACUACCUCAAAUAGUGCCUUGGUGGGCUCAAACACAGUUGAAAAGGAGUGUAGACCACCUGACAGCAGUUCAACAGGCUCAUCAAUCAACCCUACAUGUAUCUCUUCAGUAUCAUCACCUUCUCCUAAUCAAUCAACACAAAUUGAAAUUUCCUCAUCUCGUGCACCCACACAAUCUAAUAUGCUAUCAUCUCUUCAUCCCGCUCCGGUUUCAAAUUACUCAGCUAAAACUUUAACCUCAACAAAAUGCGGUGAAAGUCUCUCUAAAGGGACAAUCGUAGAUUAUACACCAGCUUUGAAUGAGCCCAGUUCAUCAGUUUCACCCCAAACAGACCACUUAUUUCCAUCUAAUUCAUCUCCUCAGUGUGUCCCAGGAACAAAACCAUGUCCACCAACUAUUCCACCAGAAUCUGGCACCUCAACCCUUUCCAUUCCUUUUGAGUCCAGUCAGUCGGCUAGUCCCGAUGAGUCUGUUUUGCCAAUCAACCCUGAAGAAACUAAAGCCAAUGAAUCUCAAAGUUCCCUUCCAGUCAAACCACCAUUUAAGACCAAAAAAGGAGAAUCCAGCUCCCCUACACCACCCCAUACAGAACGCAUCUCUGCUCAACAGCCCAGCUUUGCAACAUUAGAAACCAGUUCUACUCCUCAUCCUGCUCCCUCAUCACCAAGUUCUACUCUUCAUCCUGCUCCCUCAGAAACUCAUUAUACCACUCAUCCUGUUACUCCAGGAACAAGUUGUACUCCUCAUCCUGCUCCAUCAGCAGAAAGGUUGACCCUUUAUCCUGUUACCCCAGAAACAAGUUCUACUCAUCAUCCUGUUACACCAGGAACAAGUUCUACUGCUCACCACGUUACCCCAAGAACAAGUUCUACUCCUCCUCCUGUUACCGCGGAAACAAGUUUGACUCCUCAUCCUGUUACCCCAGAAACAAGUUCUACUCAUCAUCCUGUUACACCAGGAACAAGUUCUACUCCUCAUCCCGUUACCCCAGAAACAAGUUUGACUCCUCCUCCUGUUACCCCAGAAACAAGUUCGACUCCUCAUCCUGUUACCCCAGAAACAAGUUCUACUCAUGCUACCUCAGCAGGAAGUUCAACUCCUCAUCCUGUUACCACAGGAACCAGCUCAACUUUACACUCUGUUUCCUCUUCCACUAGCUCCAACCCACAUCCUGAUUCCCCAAAAGCUAGCUCCACUCUACAUCCUGUUGCCUCAGCAAACAGCUCCACUCCUCAUCCUGUUCUCUUUUCAACCAGCUCCACUACCCCAUGUCCCAAAAAUACCCCCGAAUCACAAACACAACAUAGCUCUCUGUCAGAAACGACUCAGAUUGAAUCUCUCUCUCCAAUAAUGACAGAUGUUUCUUGCUAUACUGCAACAGAAUCAUGUUUUCCCCCUGAAUCUCACCCUGACACUGUCUUAGUUGCGUCUUCUGAGAAUGACAAAACAGAGGUCACCACUCCCAAGAUCAGCCCAACCCCAGACAAAUUCAGAUCCCUUUCAGACCCCACCUCAACAGAAUCAAGUGAAUCUCUCUUCCCCACACACAUAGAAUCAUGCUCUUCAUCUAUGCAGACUAAUUCUACUUCCUCAGUCAAUCCAGUUCUAACAGAGUUCAACCCAAUUCCCAACUCUACUUCAGAGGAAUCCAAUACUAUAAAUCUAUCUAUUGUUGUUGAAAACAGUAGCCUGAAUAAGGAGCCUUUAAGUGAACUUUGUGGGGAGUCAAAACCUGAAACAUCUCCUGAGGAAUCUGUUUUCCAUGAAUCACAAAUUGAUGAAGCAAAUGUUACCCCAUCAGCUUUAGAGAAUGCAUCAGAUCAAGUCAUUCCAAUUUCACCGCAGUCAAGUAAUUCAAAAAUAAGCCAGUCCCGCUACCAUUCAUCUACUGCCAAGGUACUGUCAAGUAGUAACCUCAGAGAUGAUACAAAGAUUUUGUUAGAACAGAUAUCUGCAAACAGCCUAAGCCGAGCAGAGCUAGCCAAAGAAACCGCUGUCACAGAUGAUGCCAAAGAAGAUGAGGCUCACAGGGUGGAGAGUGUAGAAGAAGGGACUCUUGAACGAUCACAGUCCAGUGGGAAGUGUAGGACUGAUAAGGAGCGACAGAAUCUGCUUCAGAGGAUCAGAAGCAUGCGAAAGGAGAAAAAAAUCUACAGCCGGUUCGAGAUGGCACCUUAAUGGGUGAAGGGAGCACAGACAAAGACCAUCACACUUGACUGAAGAAAACUGUUUAUGCAGUUUAAUAGGCAUCCUAUGACUAUCAGUUGAUUUAAAAGCAACUGUGACAUUUGUUGAAAGCAUUUGCAAAGAUGGACAAAAAUAAAUGACUCAGAGAGAACCAUGCUCUGCUGCUCCAAAGGAUCUCACACAUUGUGGGCCUGAAACAGCGAUUCCUAUUCAGCUGAAUGAAUGACAACCACUCUUAUAAAAUAUGCAUCGUUGUAAUCAAUGAUUAAUUGUUAUUGUCUGUGGGGGAGUAUUAUGGUUGUGGGUGUGGUAUGAAUAAAAUGUGAUAUAAUAUUUUGACCAUGUGAAGUGUGCUCAAACUAAGAUUUCUUCUUGAGUAUUCACAUCUAGAUUUUGACAACAAAUAUAUCAUCUGUUUGUAACAUUUUAGGAUUCUUAACUCAAAUAUAAGGGAAAGGGUACUAGGAAAGUGUUAAAGUGCCCAUUAGUAUCUAUAGGUGCUGACUUGUCUAAAAAGCUGACUGCUGUCUUUUCUCCUCAAAAUAAAGUGAAUGUUUAUUAUA